AUGCUUCAAUCGAAAACUGUGAAGGGUGUUAUUCAAUUGUAUAAUGAAUUAAUUUCAAUGUCAGAUGCAUUUCCACAAACGUUAAAAAUGAUAACCAAUGCCAUAACUAUGCCAAUUUCACAAGUAACUUGUGAGAGAUCAUUUUCAAAGAUGAAAUUAAUUAAGAAUUAUCUUCGAAAUUCAAUGACAAAUGAACGUUUGAGUGACUUAACAGUAAUGGCUAUUGAACGGGAUUUUGAGAUAAAUUAUGAAAGUGUAAUUGAUAAAUUUUCUAGCAAUCAUGGAAAUUGUAGAAUUUUAUUGCUUUAA